GCUGCUGCUGUGGCUGGGCUGCCACCUCUCCUCAGCCUCUUACCACUGCUGCACCUCACCCCGCCCAGCAGCUUGGCUCAGCUGGCCAUGACCCCGACUCCCCCAGGGACCCUGGCCCAGCCCUGAGCUCUGGGAACCCAGGCCCCCUCCCCUGGGCCAUGGCCAACUCGGGCCUCCAGCUCCUGGGCUAUUUCCUGGCCCUGGGUGGCUGGGUGGGCAUCAUCGCCAGUACAGCCCUCCCCCAGUGGAAGCAGUCCUCCUAUGCGGGCGACGCCAUCAUCACCGCCGUGGGCCUCUACGAAGGGCUCUGGAUGUCCUGUGCCUCCCAGAGCACCGGGCAGGUGCAGUGCAAGCUCUACGACUCGCUGCUGGCCCUGGAAGGUCACAUCCAGUCGGCAAGAGCCCUGAUGGUGGUGGCCGUGCUCCUGGGCUUCGUGGCCAUGAUCCUCAGCGUCGUCGGCAUGAAGUGCACCCGGGUCGGAGACAGCAACCCCAUCGCCAAGGGCCGCAUUGCCAUCUCCGGGGGGGCCCUCUUCCUUUUGGCAGGCCUCUGCACCUUGACUGCAGUGUCAUGGUAUGCCACCCUGGUGACCCAGGAGUUCUUCAACCCGAGCACACCUGUCAAUGCCAGGUACGAGUUUGGCCCAGCCUUGUUCGUGGGCUGGGCCGCUGCCGGCCUGGCCAUGCUGGGGGGUUCCUUCCUCUGCUGCACGUGCCCAGAGCCUGAGAGAGUCAACAGCAGCCCACAGCCCUACCGGCCGGGCCCCUCAGCUGCAGCCAGAGAACCAAUUCUUAAAUUGUCUGCCUCCUCCAAGGCCCCCCUGGGUGUGUAAGGUCCAGGCCCCCAGCCUGGCUGCCUCCCUGCCACACCCAGACUGUGUGUUUGGUACUUUUUGGAAAGAGAAGUGAACAUCCAGCCCCAAGUGCGGUGUCAUUUGAUCUGUCCCGGGGAAUGGUCAGGGCGGGGGGCUGGCUCAGAGAGGUCAGAGCUGGUCCCUGGGGCUGUUAGGCAUAAAGAUGGGGAGACAGGUCCAGGGUGGGUUACAAACGCGGCCGAGGCUGACCAGGACUCCUGCCCAGUAACCUCCGCAGCCUGGCCUUGGGUUGGCCCCAGGACCUCCUAAUGGGAGACCCCACCCUGAGGCCUGGCCCUGCACUGGGCAGCAUCCCCCGGUCAGGGAGCCCUUGGCCUAAAGAGAGACGCAGUCCCAUCCCUGUCACUAGGUCUGCCCCUGGGACAGGUACCCACCCCCUUGGUCUAAAAGGGGGAGAUGCCUCAGGGGAGUGCAGGGAAAAUGAACCCAAUCAGUGCCUCCCUCCUGCUCGGGCCUCUCCCACCCCAAACCUCCUUCCCAGGCCCGAGUCUCUCUCUGGCCACUGCCUUCUCUCUCCCACCUGGAAAGAGCUGACGCGAUGGUCCCUUGCCUCCCCGAUGCCUCCUCAGCCAGCUUCCUUCUGAUUCCUCCACCACUUUUUGUGACCACCUCUCUCACCAAGUCACAGAUCCCAGGACACAACCCAGCCUUCUCGGAGCUUGACUCUGAGAGAUGAAUUCUGACAAGAUGACUGUCGUGGAUGCUCGGGGGAGAGGGGGGAGGGAGAGCUGCUGUGGGAUCAUUGGUGUGGGCCUGGCUGGACAGCUGCUGCCCAUCCCUGCGGGGCCUCGGGAAUGGCUGUUGCAUGAAGCCCAUCCAGCCUCUGGCCAGAGGGGGCGCCAGAGAGGGGCCAGAGGAUGGCCCUAAACGGUUUACAGGACGGCCGCCCCUCCAGCCAUGGAUGAGUACGAGAGAGUCUUCUGGCCUGAGCUCCAGCCUGAGCUGUAACUCAGCCACUCUCACCUCCGACGCCCAGGCUCCACCCCCGACACCCCCAUGUCAUCGGCCUGGGGUGACCGGCAUCUGAGCUCAGGCAGCUCCCGAGGGACGGCAGCGGUCAGCACCUCGGUGAGGCCUAAAGUUGGGGCCACAUUUUUCGCUGCUCCGAGGGGUCUCAGAGGGAGCAAGGCACCACCUCGGAGAAGAGGCGAGGAGGGGCAGGACGAAAGGAAGCCCUGUCUCCCUCUGCCUUUCCGGAGACCCUGAGACCAGGCGGUUCCCCGAGUCUCCCAAUAAACAGACCCCUUUGUGCUGAAGCCACUUGGAGUGUGAUUU